AUAAGAAGUGUUGAGCAACUGUUGUGCAUUCAUACGAAACACAUGUUCUACAACAACAAAGGCGACACAAGGAAUGUUACGCAUUAAAUGUUGUAGAGAUAGGAUAAUUCUCUGCAACAUUUACAUAACUAUUAGACAGUACAGAUCUUAAAGGGGCUACGAACCGGUUAAAAUGCUCUCUUUCCGUAUAUCCCGCGCACAUAUUGAAAAUCCGGAUGAACAGACCAGCCCACUUAGCUCGCUGGUUCAAUAUUUUCUUUCGAAAAGUAUAUUACAAAGAAAUAUUUCAGCGAGACUCAUUCUGAAGGAAAACAUGACCUAGGUUGGGAAGAUAAAAAUUCUAGAUCUAUAUGUUCGAGUAUGUAAAUUACCUACAUGCCGGAAAAAUAGCCAGUUUUGUUUUUUGCCUCCAUCAGCUCGAUUUUUGUGUAAGUCACUAAAUUUGAAAACCAACAGCCGUUCCGUAGCCUCUUUAAAGGCGAUCCACCAUUUCAUCAAACAUCGAAAUUUUCUGAUCCUUUGAAACGCAAGUAUACCUUAAUCAUUAUUUUGUUGUUGGUGCUGAUGUACUUGGUAUUGUAACAGCAGGCACAGUUAUAUGUUUACACAUAUCCAAUUGUAGUUUUGACAGAUAUUAAUUAUGGCAACGUUGUCACAAACUAAUUCAAGUGUUUACGAAAAAUUAUAAAUUAUUAAUUGCUUGUUUUAAAUUGAUAUUGAUGCAUUAAACCUUUUUCUUCCAUAUUUAAUAUAGAUUUAACUACAGAACAAUUCUUUUAUUUUAUAUUACAGAAGAAAGUGCAUGGGAUUUCAUUUGCAGUGUAACAAGCAAAUACAUAUAAAAAUUAUGAUGGAAAUUCUGUUUCGAUUUACCAUCGCAAUCUUAAUUUUACGCGCAGUAGUUUCCAACUACUACGCAGCGAGUAAAGAUCUCAAUGAUCUGGUGAUUGUCGCGAAGAAAGACCAUGUUCUUUCAACAGAGGCUAUGUUUUUCUGCACCAAGCUGAACGCCUUAGUGUUAGUUCAAAAAAGAACAAAAAACUGGGUUGAUUGUGUUUGCAUCAAGAAGAAAAAGGAUUCCGGUCUUAAUGCAUUUCACAAACAAAACGUGGCUAUGUACAUGCCGUUAGAAGUCAAUUUGUCUGAGGGUAAACCAACUACCCAAGUUUCAACAGCCUACAGAAUGUAUGCAAGCAAAGCAACUGAUGGAAACCUUAACCAACUUUUAACUCAGGACUGUUCACAUACCGGUUCGUCGCUUCCUGUAUGGCUUCGCGUUGAUCUACAAAAGUUAUUCGCCAUAACAAGAGUCAAAAUAUACAAUUUAAUAAAGUUUUCAUAUCGACUGAAAAAUGCAACCAUCGAAGUGGCGGCUUCUAAAGAUAUGUCAAAAAACAACCGAUUUUGCGCUAAAGUGCCGGAAAUAUUUUCCCAAGAUCAAAUUCAAAAUUUCGAUUGCCAACCAUACACAAGCGGGCGGUAUGUGCGGCUGAUUAAGUCAGGUGGAUAUCUGCAUGUUUGUGAGCUUCAGGUGUUCGGCUAUGAAAUGAUGUUUUACGCAUCAAAUGACAACUAACCGUACCCACUGCAACUUUUUUAUCGAUAUUUA